UUUGACGCAAUGGCUUUAUUAGGGCACGAUAACUUCCUGGUCUGAAUGCAAAACUGAGCUUUAAAAACGUUACCUUUUGUUAGUCCAUGCGCUUUGAUGAAAUUAUUGUCAAACAAGCUGGAGAAAGCGUUUAACCUAGUUAAUAACCGAGCUGGGUUUACAGAGUGUGCUACACAGUGUGGAUUGGUUUAUAACCAAUUAGCACAGAUAUUACAGGACGUGUGUUGUGGUUUGUGGAAACGUCGCGUGCCAGGGUGCGUGCAUGCGCGCGCGAGAGCCAUGAAGGUGAAGGUGAUCUCCAUCCUGGAGGACAACUACAUGUACCUGGUGAUAGAGGAGCAGAGCAAGCAGGCCAUAGCCGUGGACCCCGCUGUACCUCACCGGCUGCUGGAAAUUGUGAAAAGAGAAGGCUUGUUUCUCGUUGCUGUUCUCACAACGCAUUACCACUGGGAUCACGCUCGUGGAAAUGAGGCUCUGGUGAAUGAGGUUCCUAGCCUCAAGGUUUAUGGGGCGGAUGAUCGGAUCAAGGGGCUCACAGAUAAAGUCACAGACUCUCAGGAACUGAAGUUUAACUCCAUCAAUGUGAAGUGCCUGUUCACUCCUUGCCACACCUCUGGUGAUAUGUGCUACUACGUCUGGGAGGAUGAAUGCACAGACGCGCCCGCUGUGUUCACAGGAGACACGUUGUUUAUUGGUGGAUGUGGGAGGUUUUUGGAGGGCACAGCAGAACAGAUGCACCACAACCUCACCAAAGUGAUUGCUUCCCUACCUCAAGAAACAAAAGUGUUCUGUGGACAUGAGAACACUAUCAAGAACCUAAAGUUUGCACUGCUGGUGGAGCCAGAGAACGAGAAGGUCAAAGAGAUGCUGAGCUGGGCCAGGGCAAGAGAUGAUGACGACAAACCCACUGUACCAUCCACACUAAAGGAGGAGUUUGAUUACAACCCUUUUCUCCGCCUCUCGGAGAAAGCAGUGCAGAAAUUUACUGGGAAGAUGGAGCCUGUAGAGAUGAUGAGAGUCCUGAGAAAGGAAAUGGAUAAAUUUAAGAAGCCCAAGGAAAGACUUCCGCCUCAAGCCAUGUUGGCUUUGCAGUGGGGUCUGCUCAUGAGCUCUAAGGACCAUUUAAGUCCAGCGAUCAAAGACAGUGACUGAAUGUUGUAUCACGCUAAACACCGUGGAAGCCCUGUAGCUGUCUCUCUUAAAUUAAGAGAUAUUAGUGGGAUUUUAUUUUUGUUAUAAAUCAGCAUUUUUGCACAUUUAACGCAAGGUUGGGACACAGAACUGUGCUAAUUAGCUCGACCCUGUUCUAUAAAUCCGUUUGCUUUUAUGGCUCAUAAUCUGUGGUCAGAUCCAUUUAUCCAUAGCUAUACUAAUAAAUGUAAAGUUUGAAUGUGGAGUAAAUG